AUGGUUGUGGCAUCGGUGGCGACGGAUGGUGUUGAUCAACAGGUUGGUGCAGCAGGGAAAAUAGAAAAUGAGGCAAAAUUUUAGAUUUUUAAAGAAAAAAUUAGCCAAAAAGCAUGAAAGCCACUUUUUAUUUGGUGGUUUUUAGUUGUUCUCCUGAAAAUUAGCCUAAUUGGGGUCAUUUUAGCUGUCAAUUUCAGUUUAACCUUUAGAAGUCGCCUAAUAUUGAAUUUUCAUGGAACUUUUUGAAAAUUUUAAUAAACAUUAGUUGAAAAUAUUCACCGUAUCCUAUUCUUAAUCUGAAAUCCAUCUAAAAUAUCUCAAAAACCCCUAAUAUUCAUUCCAGGUCGAAAUUUCAUAUUAUGAUCAAAAAGUGAUUGGAAAUGGCUCAUUUGGUGUUGUAUUUUUGGCCAAAUUAUCAUCAAAUAAUGAAAUGGUAGCCAUCAAAAAAGUCCUACAAGACAAACGAUUCAAAAAUCGAGAAUUGCAAAUUAUGAGAAAACUCAAUCAUCCAAAUAUUGUCAAAUUGAAGUGAGUUCUGGUUUUUUGUUGUUGCAGAAAUUGAUUUUGAAAAUGCCAAAUUAGUGCCAAAAUGUCAAUUUCAACUCAAAAAUGUUGAAAUUUACGUUGGAAAAAUCAAAUCUUUCUUUGAAAAUUAAAAAAAAAAGUAUUUUCAUUAGUUUAACUAACUGUAUGUCCCUUUAAAAUCACUAAUUAUCUCAAAUUCUCCAUUAUUUCAUGUUUUUUCUUGUAGGUAUUUCUUCUAUUCGAGUGGCGACAAAAAAGACGAACUCUACCUCAAUUUGAUACUUGAAUAUGUGCCAGAAACUGUUUAUAGGUUUGUUUUUUUAAAUGAAAAUUUAAAGAAAAAUCCAUAAAAAUCAAUCUUGCAGAGUAGCCAGACAUUAUUCAAAACAACGACAACCGAUACCGAUGAUUUAUGUCAAAUUGUACAUGUAUCAGGUGAGAUUUUCGGUGAUUUAUCCGAAGAGAAUAAGGGAAUUUGGGGUUGUGUUACUUUUGACCCAUUUAAAUUAAACAUUCUCAUGAGCAUUUUGUGAAGUUCAGUAAUUUCUCAAAUUAUAUAAUGAUGCGCGAAAUAAUCUAACAAUUACUGUAAACAAUUUUAAAAAUCUCCCUAAAAAUACUGUAGGAUCCUCCUAUAGGAGGAGUCUUUGAAAAUUGUUGAGUUUGUCUUGAUUUCGCAAUAAAAAGUUCACUGUUUCAAGAAAUUUCCAAACAAAAAUUGGGAUCUCUAAUUUUGAAUUUUAAUUGAUUAACUUCUCUCUUUUCUAAUUCUCCAAAAAAUAUUUUAACAUUUUUUGAUAAUCCAGAAAAUUUUUAGGGUUACUGUAGGGAAAACUACUGUUAAAUUGAGCAUUUUCAUGAAAGUUUGUGGGAAAAUUUUUUGAAGUAAAUUCUUUGUGAAUUCACGACAUUUUGUCAAGUACUGUAAUUUUUAAAUCACUACAAAAUCUAAAAAAAAUAUGAAAAAUUUUAAUUUUCCAAAAAUUGCCAAAUAUUUGUGGGUUACUGUAGGAGCCCUCGAAAAUUCAUAAAUUUGGCUUGAUUUUUUUAAUGAAAAUUUCACUGUUUCAAAAUAUUUUUGAAUAAAAAAUUGGGAUUUUGAAUUUUGAUUAUUCCUUCGAAUAUAUUUUUAAAUUUUCAUAAACAUUUCAAAAGCAAAAAAACCGCAAAAUUUAAGGGUUACCGUAGGAACCUUUAAAACCCUCAACUUUCUGGGAAAAUUUCACUCUUUAAAAAUUUCAAGAAAAGUUUCGAUCUUUUCCUGCGACCCCACACAACUCAAAAUUACUGUAUGUCCCUUUGAAAAUCCAAUGUUUUCUUGCAGCUUCUUCGAUCUCUUGCUUAUAUUCACGGAAUUGGAAUUUGCCAUCGUGACAUUAAACCGCAAAAUUUGUUGAUUGAUCCCGAAAGUGGAGUAUUGAAAUUGUGCGAUUUUGGAUCGGCUAAAUAUUUGGUGAAGGUUGGUUUUUUUUUUGGAAAACUUUGGAUUUUUGUCUAAAAAAUACUGAUAAAUUGCUCUAAAAAUCGAUUUUUCCAUCUAAAAAAUUGAUUUUUUUACAGAACGAGCCAAACGUUUCAUACAUUUGCUCUAGAUAUUAUCGUGCACCAGAAUUGAUUUUUGGCGCCACAAAUUAUACAAAUUCAAUUGAUGUUUGGUCAGCGGGUACUGUAAUGGCUGAAUUGUUAUUGGGACAACCGAUAUUCCCCGGUGAUUCUGGUGUUGAUCAAUUGGUUGAAAUUAUUAAGGUUGGUUUGGGGAAACUUGUGAAAAUUGGCCUAAAAUUGAAAUUUUUGCGAAAUUUUGAAGUGAAAGUUAUGAAAAUUGACCAAAAAUGAGGUUUUUGGUGAGAAAUAUUGAUUUUUCAUCAGAUUUUCAAAUACAAUUGAGUUAAAAAAAUUAAUUCUAGGUUCUUGGCACACCGACACGAGAACAAAUUCAAAGUAUGAACCCGAAUUACAAAGAGUUCAAAUUCCCACAAAUCAAAGCGCAUCCAUGGAAUAAAGUAUUUCGUGUGCACACACCGCCAGACGCUAUUGAUUUGAUCUCGAAAAUUAUCGAAUAUACACCAACUGCAAGACCGACACCACAAGUUGUGAGUUUUUUUGGAGGGUUUGGGGUUUUGUGAGUUUUGCUCUUAUUUAAAAAUACGGUUUUUUUUCGUUUCAACAUUUGAAGAAAAUUCAAUUUUUCCCUCAAACCCUUACAUCCUUACAUAUAUCGAUUUUUGUUGAUAUUCAAAAGUUCAAAAAUCGAGAGUAAAUAGUAAACAACUGACCGCCUCCGCGGUCUCUUUCUUAUUCCUAUCUUGUUCUCUGUUUUUGUUUGAGAGAUAGCUUUUGGAUGGGGUGAUUAUGGGGAUUUUUGCAAAAAUGUAUUUUUUUGCUGAAAUUCUCGAUGACGUAUAAAAGUUUUUAACGUCAAAGAUAUUAAACUUGAAAAUAUUUUUUUAAUUAGCAGAACUUUUAAAUUUUUCUUUUUUCUUCUGUAGAUUUUUGCACCCAUUUCGUGGAGUUGUUUUGAGCUUCACUAGAACUACACAUAACGGGUCUCAGCGCGAAAUAAGUGGAAAUUUCAAGUGUUCCGAAAAUUUUGAAAAAUGAAUCAAUAAUUGGCUUAUACAGAUUAAUAUUUUGUGAUAAAAUUUAAUAAAAAUCAUAAAUUGUCGCUAUGCAGAAAAUACGUUGAAAAAACAAAAUACACCGUUUAUAAGUAGAGACAACGUGAAAUUGAGAGAGUGCAGACAAAAUAAUUAAUUUUUCGAAUAAAAACACUAAAAAACUGAUUUUCUGUCUGCGCUCUCUUAAUUUUCCGCUGUCUUCAUGGAAAAAUUAUAUUUUUUUAUCAAAUUUUAUUACAAAAUAUUGAUCCCCAUAAGUUAUCAAAUCCCCUAAAACCUCAAUUUUUCUAGGCUUGCCAACAUCCAUUCUUCGACGAACUUCGGAACCCAGAAACCCGUCUUCCAUCCGGUCGACAACUUCCUCAUUUGGAAACCGAUAAUGGUGGAUCACUUGGCGUUGCCUCAACAUCAGCCGGAACAUCUUCUGCACCAGAAAGUGGAGCCGGACCAUCAGAACCAACAGCUGAAACUGUAGGAUCUGCUGAAAAAUGA